AAGAUAGCUUUUUGGGAUAAGAAAACUGCACGAAGCUUCCUGCCUUGCUGAUAUUAAUAAAGUCAGUCAAUGGAGUCAUUAGUCAUCGCUCUGUGUUACACACAAUAUAAACAUAACUUCUUAGUUAAUCAUUUCACAUUUUAAAACCAUUCCUUCUGAUCUUGAUCCUCUCUCUCUACCAUACUAAUGGAUUCUCCUAGUUUAUAUCCUGCAAUAGGCUUCUUGACGCUUUUGGUUACAACGUUUCUUAUGGCUUAUAGAAGAUACAAACUCCAUCAAAAUAAAGAUUUAAUAGCUUCUUCCUUGUCUCCUUCCCCACGUUCAUCUUCUUUGUCUCCUUCCUCUCUUCCAUCUUCUGUGUCCCGAAACUGGAGACACCAAGUCUUUCCUAGCUUCCGUGGUGAAGAUGUCCGCAGAGGCUUUCUCAGCCACAUUCAAAAAGAAUUCGAAAGAAAGGGAAUCACCCUAUUCAUUGAUAACGAUAUCGACAGGAGUAAGUCCAUUGGUCCUGAGCUCAUAGAAGCUAUAAGAAGAUCAAAGAUAUCAGUUGUCCUUAUCUCCAAAAACUACGCUUCUUCAACAUGGUGUUUGAAUGAGUUGGUGGAGAUCAUCAAGUGCAGGAAAGAGCUGGAUCAAAUAGUGAUGAUCAUAUUCUAUGAAGUGGAUCCAUCUGAUGUAAAGAAGCAGUCUGGAGAAUUUGGAAAUGUCUUCGAGAAAACUUGUGUGGAGAAAACAGUGGAGGACGUUGCAAGAUGGAGAGAAGCUCUAGAGGAAGUGGCCAAGAUCGCUGGCUACGACUCAAGGAGCUGGAACAAUGAAGCGGACAUGAUCGAGAAAGUUGCUAAAGAUGUUUCAAACAUGUUAAAUGUUGCUGCACCCUCAAGUGGUUUAGAUGAAUUAGUUGGCAUUGAGUCUCACAUCACGGAGAUAAGUUCAGUUUUGUCCUUAGCCUCAGAUGAAGUGAGGAUGGUUGGAAUCUGGGGUCCUGCAGGGAUUGGAAAAACCACCAUUGCCAGAACUUUGUUCAGCAUAAUCUCUCAUGACUUUACACACACUGCUUUUGUGGAGAGUACAAAGAGAGGGUACAAUGAUGAUACUGCGUUCAAGUUGCAUUUACAAGAACAGCUUCUGUCUAAGACCUUAGAUCAUAAGGAUCUGAAGAUAGAUCACUUGGGUGUGGCUGAAGCACGGCUGAAAGACAAGAAAGUACUUGUGGUUCUUGAUGAUGUUGAAGAAGCAAUGCAGCUACAGGCCAUGGCUUGUAAAACUCAGUGGUUUGGCUGCGGAAGCAGGAUUAUCAUUACAACAAAGGAUAUCAAAGUUCUAAAGGCACAUGGGAUCAACCAUGUUUACCAUGUUGGUUAUCCACGUUGGUCUGAAGCUCUUGAGAUCCUUUGUCUGUCUGCUUUUGUUCAGAAGUCUCCCUAUGCUGGUUUCGAGGAGCUCACCAUGGAAGUUGUAAGCCUUGCAGGUAAGCUUCCUUUAGGUCUAAGUGUGUUUGGUUCAUAUAUGCGAGGAAUGUCCAAAGAUGAGUGGACACAUGCACUUCCUAGACUAAGGACAAGCUUGGAUGGAAACAUUGAGAAAGUAUUAAGGCUCAGCUAUGAUGCUUUAUGCGAUAAAGAUAAAACUCUGUUUCUUCAUAUAGCAUGUUUUUUCAAACAUGAGAAAGCUAAAGACAUGUUAGAGUGUCUUGAGGAGAGUGACUUGGACGUCAAGCAUGGGCUUCAGGUCUUAACUGAGAGAUCUCUCGUAUCUAUCAACAGAGUAGAUUACUUGCUGAUGCAUAGUUUAUUACAACAAAUGGGUAAAGAAAUCAUCGGCAAAGAAGACAUAAAUGAGCCUAAGAGACGUAGAUUCUUGAUGGAUGCUCAUGAUAUUUGUGACGUGCUCUCAGACACUACAGUCUCUGGAGCUGUUCUAGGCAUAGAUCUUGACAUAAAUGCAGUCAAGGAAGAGCUAAGCCUUGACGAGAGAGCCUUUGAAGGAAUGUCUCGUCUUCAGUUCUUAAGAGUCUACAAUGACAACAAACUGAUCUUACCAAGGGGUCUGAACAACCUGCCUCGUAAGCUUAGAUUAUUACAUUGGUACAGGUUUCCCAUGAGUUUUUUGCCUUGUGAGUUUCGUGCCGAGUUUCUUGUAAACCUUAAGAUGCAACACAGCCACCUUGAGAAGCUGUGGGAAGGAACUCCAGCUCCGCUCAGGUGCCUGAAGAGGAUGGAUCUGUCUUACUCCUAUCACUUGAGAAAGGUCCCUGAUCUAUCAAAUGCCACUAAUCUUGAGGCAUUGAUACUCACUGGUUGCAGAAAUCUGGAGGAGCUUCCCUCUUCUGUUAAGAACCUCGAGAGUUUAGUUGAGUUGAGGUUAGAAGGAUGUCCAACGCCAAAGGAUCUUUCUGCCAAAAUCAGCUUGUGGAAGUCUCCUUCUCAAAUCCAGGUCUUUGAGUGCUCAGGGUUGAGAGUCCUUCGUGAUGGGGACACAACAGGUCUAACAUUAUCUCUGAGUGAUGAGGUGAUAAAAAAAAUGCCUUCAUGGAUCAAGCUUUUGUCACAUGUUCGUACAAUAGCAUUGAGGAAGUGUCAUAGCCUCAAGGUGUUCCCUAGAGUUCCUAAUAGCAUUCAGGCGCUGGACUUAAGCGAGACAGGAAUACAAGAAGUUCCUGCAUGGAUCAAGAAUCUCUCACGUCUUACAAGUCUAAGUAUGUUGGGAUGCAAGAAGCUGAAGAUCAUUCCGACAAACAUCAACAUGGCAUCUCUGUCUUCUCUUAAUCUCAGCCACUGCACAAGAUUGAAAACGUUUCCGGAGAUUUCUACAAGACUUGAGCGUCUCAAUCUGGAAAACACUGGUAUAGAAAAAGUUCCUUUAUCAAUAAGUUCUUGGCUCUAUCUUGUUGAUUUGAGCAUGAGAGGUUGCAAAAGCCUGAAGGUGUUCUCAAACGUUCCUGAUGACAGCAUGGAAGUGUUGGACUUGUGUGGUGAAGAAGAAGAAGAAGACCGGUCUUUUCAUCUUGAGCUUAAUGGGUGCAAGAAUCUUGUCUCACUCCACCAACUUCCAGGUUCCCUCAUAUACCUAGAUGCAUGUAACUGUGAGUUGCUGGAGACAGUAGAUGGUUUCUUUUACAAUCCACAAGUCAAUGUCCAUUUUGACAACUGCUUGAAACUGAAUGAAGAAGCGAGAGAACUUAUACAGACUUCAGCUUCAAGUCUUGCUGUCUUACCCGGUGGGGAAGUGCCUUCGUACUUCCACCAUCAAUGUACCGGAAGUUCUCUAACAAUCCCUUUCAUCAAAGAUAGGGACAUUCCUGAUAACUUGCGGUUCAAGGCUUGUGUUUUGCUGAGCUCUUUCUCUGGCACACCAAGGACGUUUGGUGUAUCUUGGUGCAUUUUUGACACACGCAAGGCUGAUCCAGUAGGUCAUGGUUUGUGCUUUUUUGCAAAGGAGAAACUUGUGAGAGAUCAUUUGUUUACAUUCGAGGGUUCUUUCUCUUUGGAAAAAGACAAGGAUCAUGGAGAAGUGGUGGAGCUUUGGUUGGUUUUUCAAAUUGUAAAUGAGCAGAGAAUGAAGGGGUCUUGGAAAUGGGAAAGCGUGGAAUCUGAUUCUCAGAAGUUGAGGAUAAUGGGAUGCGGUGUGAGAUUCUUGGAUGUUCUUGGAGAUAUGGGUGGUUCAAGCUAUCAAGUAGAAGAAAAAACUAGAAAAGUAAAGAAAGCAAAUCCUUUUGAGAAGAAAAAAAAAAGAAAGAGAAAGAAGAAAGUGAAUCCAGUUCCCUUUAAGGACAAUGAAAAAGGUUCUGAAGAUCUUUCAGAUACAGAUUCAGGGUCAGGAUACAACAACAGCUUACUAUCCAUUGUCCCCCGACUUCCUCUUAUAGUACAUUAUAACUGACAUGUAUAGUAAAAUGUAUAUGUUAAGGCCAAACAAAAGCAACAAGAGAAUAGGUUCAAUGCUUUAAAACAGAGGAACCUUGCUGUUAAAAGAGGAGUUAAGAGCAUGUUUAAUGGAGGGUUCUUAGGGUGGAGUUCUUAGCGGAAUGUAAGAACUUCACUCUAAGAACCCGUCUCUUAAUUUUUAAAUAUCUUAUUUAAGAACCGGUUCUUAACUUUUUUAGUAAAAAGUUAAGAGACGGUUUUUUAUAUUCCGAUAAGAACCCCAACCUAAAAAUCCCCCAAUAAACAUGCUCUAAGGGACUACUACUAAAGUCUGAUAAAGAAAUAGACAUUAGAGUUAAGAACAUAAGUAAAGAAGCAGAAGAUAGUUAAGUGGCUUUAGGUGCAAACUUCAUAGCAUCAUUAGUAACAGGUUUUUUAAACUCAGUCUCUCAACUUAUAAUUAAAAUUAAAAGCGUAAAAAUUUGGUGGAUAGAGACAUGUGUAAAUCAAGUCCCUUAAAAAAGUAAAUUUCUUAAAUAAUUUGUAUUCAUUUUUCUAGUGUUUAUUUUUAUUUUGUUUUUAAAUUUAUAUUAAUUAUAUUUUGAUAAACUCUUAUAAUUGGGACUGCUGUGUAUGCCUUUAUAGUUUUGGCAUAUUGUAUACUUUGUACUACUUGCUAUAUGAUUCAGUAGAUGUUUACAUAAUUUAGAUGCUUUCGAAUUCAACAUUAAGACCAAACAUGCUUUCUGAUCAUCUCUUAAGUACCUGCUCACAACAUCUAAAUGGUUUAGAACCUAGAUUCAUCUCUUUGUGAUUAUUGGUAUGUUGAGGGUGUUUGUGAUCUUUCUAAACCGCUUUGAAACAGUUGCUAUAAAUGGAUAUGCAACCAAAACCUUCUUAUUUGGCUAUCUUCAUCUGCUAUCCCUAUGUAAACUUUAUGGGAUUGAAGAUAAGAUUUACAUAUUUGAUAGUGUGUUCGCUCUAUCUGUGAUGAUAUUGCUACACUAGUUAACUUAUGCACUAUCAAACAUAGGUAGAAUACUUUUCACAUAUCUCAAUGCUCGUCUUUGUCGCAUUACGAUUCUUGAAAUUGCCAUUUGAGAGAAUGACUGUAGCUCAUGCUAGCGGUCAGAGGCCAAUUAACUAUGGUGUUGUAGAGUGAUGUCCAAUUGCAUGUCUUGUGGUGGAUACCCAAAAUAAAUGAAAUGAGGACUUUGUUUCAUCGAUAGUUUGUUUUUAAGCUGUUUGUAAUAAUGUUGUUUUUGUUUUUAAGUUGUUGUGUGUAAUAAGGUUGUUUCCAUGAAUGGUUAUAUUUAUUGAGUUUUAAGUAGUUUGGAUUGUAUGCAUGUUUAUGUUUCAGAUCAUUUGUGAGUAUUUUGUGCAAUGUUAAGAUUUUUUUAACUUCAUUUUGGUUAUUUGUUGUUCAUUCAGACUAAUGAACUAAGACAAGAAAAAAAACAAUUGAAUCUCAAAUAUAACGAUUAACGAGUGAAGAAGGUGACACCAAUCAAGAUGUUGAUGUAACGAAACAACUUGAUAAAGGAGUUGAAGUUACACUUCAAAGUGAAGAAGAAGCUGAAAACACACCACAAGAAAAUGGGAAUGGUCAUGAAGGAAAUGGCAAUUAGGAAGAAGAAUAAGAAGAACAAGAAUACAUUAAGUACCAAAAAUAAGAGAAGCAAUAUAAAUAAUUUGAUCUGCUUGACUCGAUCAUGUUUGGAAUUAUGAUCAAACUUCUUUUUCUUAUCUAAGCUAUAUUAAUUUGCUUAUUUAACACUUUUCUUUUUAUUUAAAAAAAACAACUUCAUAAACUUCACAAUUGCAUAAUAGAAUGGUGUAGAGCUGGUGAACAUAUAUUUGUUUUUCUUUUCCGAAAGUUUAUUCUAACUAAAUAAGUGAGUUAUGGUUUUCAUUUUCUGGUGCACAUCGUCUUAUAGUAAGAGCGGACUCAUUAUUUGGGGAACUUAUGAUUAGUCAGUCACCAAUCAUCAACUUUGUCUGAUGGAGUCAUUGUUCUAUUAGUCAAAAAUCAUAGUAAAAGUAAAUAAUGAUAUAAUAUGAUUGUAACAAUCCUCUCACUGACAGCUUUAUAUGCAUUGCAUGCAACCCAUGUAAAUUACUUGUUAACUCGUUUACAAGAUAUCCCUCAGAUACAAAUUUAUGGUUGAGAUAUAACAACAGCUUCCUCUCAUUCGUAACAUAUCGUAAGGGGUAUGUAUAGUAUAUGUUAAGGCCAGACAAAAGCAACAAGAGAAUAUUGUCACUGCGUUAAAAUAGAGGAAACUGUGGCUACUACAAAAGGCUGAUAAAGAAAGAGUCAUCGGAGUUGAGAAGAGAAGUAAAGAAGCAGAAGAUAGGUAAGUGGUUUUUUAGGUGCAAACUUUUAGUUUAGCAUCUUUGUACACAUAGUACUACUACUCGUUAUAGGAUCCAUUAGAUGUCUAAAUAACUUACAUUCUUAGAUGCUUUCAACCAAACAGGCUUUCUGAAACAUAUGUCCUUAUAUACAGGGCCGGCUCAAACGUUUUACAGACCCCGGGGCAAAACUAAAAAAGUGACCCUUAACAUGUGAAACUGUAAUGUUGAUAUCGUAGCUACUAAGUAAUAUAAAACAAUUUUUUUUUGGAAAUAUAAACAUAACCAUAAAAUUAAAACAGUCUUGAUUCUUUUAUAGCUUUUCUUGAGAAUGAGAUGAUUUGCUUUCAAAAAAACCUUCAUAAUAUAACAUGUUCUCCCGAAUCUGAAAAAGAAAAAAAAAGCAGCAGUCAUCCUAAAAAGAAAUGCAAUCAUAAGAAACGUUUUUUCGAGCUUUACUCAAUGCAAAGUCAUGGAUAACAGUUUCAAAAUCAAUGCUUUCUAGAAUAUUCUUUUCAAUGCAUAAAAUAGCUAAACCAUUCAACACUUUCACAUUUCAUGGAUAACAGUUUCAAAAUCAACACUUUUACAUUUCAUUUGUACUAAUCGUAAUGCUUUAAUGAUCAUCUAUUCUAGACUUCUAGUAUAUCUUUAAUGUAUAUCAGUUAAUUCUAUUCAAAGUUUGCAUUCCAAGUUACUGUUAAUAGUUUUUGAUCAAAAAAAAAAGUUACUGUUAAUAGUCAAACUUGAUGGUUUUUCCAGAUAUAUCAUGAUUUUGGGUUCAUUUGGUAGGCUUAAUAUAAAUGAAAGCAGGGCCCAAAUAUGUAUUUGUGGCCCAUACGAUAUAUUAGGGCCAUUUUAGUCAUUUAAACUUCACUAUAAAUUCAACAAGAAGCUAGGGUUUUGUUGUAUUUGUAUCGCCGUAAGCAACUCUAGCCGAGCAGAUCUAUCCGACGCAGAGAUGGCGAAGUCAAAGAAUCACACAGCGCAUAACCAGUCUGCUAAGGCACACAAGAACGGAAUCAAGAAGCCUAGGAGGCACCGUCACACUCCCACCAGAGGAAUGGACCCUAAGUUCUUGAGGAACCAGAGGUACGCGAGGAAGCACAACGUUCAGAGCGGCGAGAAUGCUAGCGUUGAGGGAUAAGCUUUUUAUUUUUGUCUGAGAAUACAUUUUGAGGUUUUUUUUUUUAUGAAGUUGAGACUGUUUCAGUUCUAUUUUUGAUUAUGUUUAUGUAUCCUUGAUUUAAUAUCAUUUUCUCUUAUAUUUUGCAUUUCUUGA